AUGAGCCGCACAUUCUCGACUGGCGUACAACGUUCCGAACCCUCGAACGUGGGCAAUGUUGGACUUGCGGACGGAGAAACCAUCAUCGGGGAGCAGGCUCCCGAACCAUUGACCGUCGAGGGCAUCAAGGCGCGGCGGGCCAAGGCGGGGAAGCUCAUCGCUCCUACGGCGUCUUACUCGGACAGUGAUAUGUUCAAAUCCCCUCAGGCAUAUGAGAAGCCGAAAGCCCGACGAUGGGACCAUCUUUUAAGCCCGGAGUCCAUCGCCCGCAAACCGUGCGUGCUGAAGCUUGCGGCCAAGCACCUCAAGAAGCCGGGUCUCAUUUCCCUGGGCGGCGGCCUGCCCUCCGCCGAGAACUUCCCCAUCGACGAGCUCAGCAUGCGCAUCCCGCAGCCGCCGCACUUCGGGUCCAGCACCUCUGCAACUCCGUCGGGGGCCUCGUCAGGAAGCCAGGAGGUCACCAUAGGCAAGCACGAUACGACUGAGAAAGAGGACGCCGUCUACGACCUCUCCAUUGCGCUGAACUACGGCCAGAGUAUCGGGUCGGCGCAGCUGCUGCGCUGGGUCACCGAGCACACCGAGCUCGUGUGUCGGCCCCCUUAUGCCGACUGGCGGUGUGCCUUGACCAUUGGCAGCACGGGCGCGCUGGAGUCUGCGCUACGCAUGUUCUGUGACCGUGCUCGGAAUGACUCCAUCCUUACAGAAGAGUACAGUUUCUCGACGGCUCUCGAGACGGCUGCGCCCCUGGGGAUCAAAGUGUUUGGCGUGCGCAUGGACGAACAGGGACUGCUGCCCGGUAGCUUGGAUGAGAUCCUGAGCGGUUGGGAUGAGAAAGCUAGGGGCGGUGCGAGAAAACCUACCGUCUUGUAUACCGUGCCGUCGGGGCAGAACCCGACAGGCGCGACGCAGGGAGAGCAGAGGAGACGGGACAUCUACGAAACGUGUCGACGACACGACGUCUUCAUCCUCGAGGACGAGCCGUACUACUUCCUACAAAUGCCGCCCUACAAGCCCGCCGCGGGCGGCCCCAACACCAGCGACCCGGCGGAGCAGACAGUAGACGCCUUCCUGCAGGGCCUCAUCCCCAGCCUGCUGAGCAUGGACAUCGACGGGCGCGUGCUGCGCCUGGAUAGCUUCAGCAAGGUGGUGGUGCCCGGCUCGCGCGUCGGCUGGGUCACGGCCAGCGAGCAGGUCGUCGAGCGCUACAUCCGGCACGCCGAGUGCGCCAGCCAGGGGCCCAGCGGCAUCGCGCAGGUCCUGAUGCACAAGCUCGUCGACGAGAGCUGGGGCCACGAGGGGUACCUGCGCUGGCUGAUGCGGCUGCGCGGCGAGUAUGCGAGGAGGAGGGAUGUGUUGCUGGGCGCUUGCGAGAGGCAUUUGCCCGCGGGGGUUGUGGGGUGGGUGCCGCCGGCUGCGGGCAUGUUUCUCUGGCUCAGCGUAGACCACACGCAGCACCCCGAGGCGUCCAGCAAGAGCAUCCUCGAGAUCGAGGAGGCCAUCUUCGACUCGUGCAUCGACAAGGGCGUCCUGGCCUGCCGCGGCUCCUGGUUCCGCGCCGAGCAGGAGCGGCCGCCCAGCGGGCUGUUCUUCCGCGUCACGUUCGCGGCUGCGUCCGAGGGGGACAUGGAUGUGGCGAUCGAGCGGUUUGGGGCGGCUGUGCGGGAGAGUUUUGGGAUUUGA